AAGUUUCAGGGGAAACAUUUGAGGUUACACACAUACACUUCAGGGAGAAAAAAAAACGAAAACAGCCAGCGUGUAGAUUUUUUCCCCCAGUGAGUCGGUGACUCCGCGUAGUGCCGGUGAGAUAAUGGUAGAAGUCGAAGAUGAUUUUCUCUAGGAAAAUACAGACUUGAACGUCCUCGUGUACUACAUGUCCGAUGUAACAGACAAGGCCUGGGUGGUAUGACAAGCUUGCGCGUACAUUUCGGUCAUCAGAAUUGUGGAAGCGCACAGAUAAUUUCUCUGUGCCGAGCUAAGUAGCUAAAUGGACCAAUAAAUAGCUAGCCAGACAACCCUCUAUGAAUAUGGGGUUGCCUCGGAGUACAUUAUAUUAUUUAACGGAAAGCGUCUGUCAUGACAAACAUCGCAGCAUUCGGCUGUAGAUAGCUGCAGUUCUCUGCAGUGCAACAUGGCACGAGUUGGAGUAUGAAAAUCUGAACCGUCCACUCCGGGUCUUUCAAGUUGAGGAGAAUACGCAAAAUGGAGAAGUCUUCAUAAAAAGGAAACAUUGUUACAUGCUUGUAGCUGUAAUGGUAACAUUUCAAAGGUCUCUCCUCUGCUGGUGAACUUUCCACUUUGAACAGAGGCGUGUACACCGCCGAAAUAUCGAAUAUUGCAAUUACUUGGCUUACUGCCGAACAUCAAACGAGGAGUGAGAAUUACCCGACACCAAGCGUCAAGAUGAUGUAUUCUUCUCGUAGAAAACCAGUCCUUUAUUUCAAAGAAGACAGAAGCUCAAACUCCAAGAUGAACAGACAGUCCACUAAUCCCCUGCUGAGCAGGUUCUUCACGGGCAAGUGCACGGUCUUCAAGCUGUUUGGCCUGUGCCUGCUGCUGGUGGUGGGCUCUCUGCUGUGGCUGCAGCUCAGCUGCUCUGGAGACCUGGGACACGCUACCGUGGAGGCCGAGGCACGCGCCGCACACUCCCAGCACCAGGCUGCACUCUCACAGCCACAGCCUUGCCCCCAUGACAAGACGGCCUCCACCCCUGGCACGGACAACCCGGCCUGGGGCCCCCACAAGAUGGCGCUCAUCAUUCCCUUCCGCGAGCGCUUCGAGGAGCUGCUGGUCUUUGUGCCCUUCAUGCACGACUUCCUCAACAAGAAGCGCAUCCGCCAUAAGAUCCUGGUCAUCAACCAGGUGGAUCACUAUCGUUUCAACAGGGCGUCCCUGAUCAACGUGGGCUACCAGGAGAGUGGUAACGAUACGGACUACGUGGCGAUGCAUGAUGUGGACCUGCUGCCCCUGAACGAGGCUCUGGACUACGGCUUCCCCGAGGAGGGACCCUUCCAUGUGGCCUCCCCCGAGCUGCACCCCCUCUACCACUACAAGACCUAUGUAGGAGGCAUCCUGCUGCUGACCAAGAAGCACUACCAAAUGUGCAAUGGCAUGUCCAACCGUUUCUGGGGCUGGGGUAGAGAGGACGAUGAAUUCUUCAGGAGGCUGAAGACUGCUGGACUUCAGCUGUUCAGGCCAAAUGGGAUAAAGACGGGCUACAAGACCUUCCGCCAUAUCCACGACCCUGCAUGGAGGAAGAGGGACCAGAAGAGAAUAGCAUCCCAGAAACAGGAGCAGUUUAAGGUGGACCCUACAGGAGGGCUGACUAACCUGCGUUAUACGGUGGAGGCUCGUCAGGAGUUGACCAUCAGCGGAGCUCCCUGCACGGUGCUCAGCACCAAGCUGGAGUGUGACCUGGACAACACGCCAUGGUGCCAGUUCAGCUAGCCCACAUCAUCCCACAGACUCAAUACUCCACCCAAUAUCCUGCUAUAUUCCAGCUGCACAGCCAUUUUGAAGUACUGAGGUGGAUUUGUGGCAGCUCAGCUGGCUGACACAGCCCUAUGCGACCCAAAGUCUUGCUAUACCAUACUGUCGGGCUACAGCGGCCAGCCAUUUGAAAUCAUUGGUAGAGGGGGGAUGUCUGGCAACAAGAAUGCUGAUCCAUGUUGCACUGUACUGGUCAGCCUUCUUGAAAUCAUUGGAGGGGGAUUUGUGGCAACUGGAUGUCAACUCAAGUCUCACUUGUACCAACUGACCACCAGCCAUUUUAAAUUAUUUCGAGGGAUUUGUGGCAAUAAGAUGAUGAUGUGUCUCCUACCUUGAAAGUGAUUUGUCUGCUCUACUGGAGUAGCCGCUACUGUCGCUAAGCAGUGAAAUAUUUAUGUGAUGACAAAAAAAAAGAAUGGCAUGACUGAUGAAUACGAAACACGGUUAAUCUAAAGGCUUUAGGGGUUUUGUUUGUUUUUUACUUUGAUGCAAAUUUACUUACUGUAUUAGCUGCCUGGUUUCAGACAGAACCGACUGACUGUUAUUUUAUGAACUGAACUGCACAGUCAAUAGAUAUAUUCCAGUUCCAGUAUCUUGUUUUUUUCCUUUCUUUUUUUACAUUUUGUUCAGAGUAUUUUGUUUUCUAUGGAGUUGUGUUACAGAGUUACUGUACAAACAGACUGGAGGUGGCAGAAGAAAUUGACACGGCAAAAGUGGUUUUGGUGUUAAGGGCAUCAAAGACGUGAAAAGAGAAGUUGAUCUUCAGCUAACAGUAUGUAAUUAGCUAUGAUGCCGUUCAGCGGCAGACAGCGGAAUGUGUACGUUUUUAUUAACACGAUCUUCAGUUGCUCGCUCUCCCUGAUCAAACGUCAAAGGUCAAAUCUUUCGCCGCUUUUGCCAUCUCUGAUCUCCUUAGUCCAUGCAGGAUUCUACAGCUUUUGAACACAUUUACCACCUCCGGUCUGUCCGUAUAGUUAAGACAUGGCAGUGGCCUUUAUUUCAUGGGGAACCCCAAGGAACUCUGCUGGAGCAGAUGCUUGCCUCUUUGCCACCACUGGGAUGCCUGACUUUUAGCUGGAUAUACACAGUUGAUUAUGCUAUGUUGAUUCAACUCUUGUAGAGCUGAACAAACACGAUGAGUGACUCUUGAUUGUUGAAUUAACACUGCAAAUUCACUGUGUUGGAGAUAUCACUGGGAGGACUGAAUCCUCAUAUAGCCUCAAAAGUUACAGGGAGUUUUAAGGUACUCUGAUGUGCAUUUGCACCCUAUUUAUAAAGAAAAAAAAAACAUUGUCUGGGAUUUAUUUGCACAUUUUGCUUUAUUCUUAUAAAAAAUUAUUUCAACCCAACUUCAACUGUUUUGUCAGUAUUAUCUACUUGAACUAAUUGUUUUAAGGUCCAGUUUAUAAUUGUAGCAUUUUUUUUUCUAAAUGCUGCAAUUCAAAAUCAGGUCUGAAGCUCGCACUCAGUGAAACCUUAAAAAGAGAUGCCCAUAUAAAAGAUGUUUUUUUAUUGGUCUCACAUACAGUAUAGGCCAAAAGUUUGGACAUACCUUCUCAUUUAAUGCAUUUGCUUUAUUUUCGUGGCUAUUUACAGAACAUUGUAGGUUUUUGCGGAACUGUGCAUGAACACACAGAAUUAUAUGCUUAAUGCUGUGUUACAUUUUUAAUAUUUUUUUCCCCCAGAAUUCAUGUUGCCCACUCAAAUUGUUACCUUUUUCCAGGAACACUCACCACCACCAUUAACUUCUAAGUAUUCAUUAUGACUGGGAAAACUACACUUGCAUGCAUGAAAAGGGGGACUUCUUAUCUUUACAUAAGUGGACAUUUUUGGAUGCAAAACUUACUGUAAUUUCAUUUGGCCAUCCUAUUAAAUAUUUAGUAAAUAUUCAUGAAAAGAUCAAAUUUGGCUGCGGGCAGCAGUUUCAAUGAGCAGCAUAGUUGCAAUGCCUAGUCUGGCCACCAUUCAGUGCACCUUUUAACAAAAACAUAAAUUCUAGAAGUUUUCCAACAGCGAUGUAAGCUGUCUAUCCACCUGACGUCAACACUCACGGCUGAUGGUUCCACAGAUUUCAACACUCAGUCUGGUCAAUCUGUAACACUUUACAUUACAGAUUGCUAAUAAGGUGAUGGUUUCAUGGUGAUUUCCAAUGUAAUUUCAGCACAAUUUCAUGGUAAUAACUGUUGAAAAAAUAUGAUUUUUGUUCAUGACAUAAUUCUACAUGUGUUCAUGCACAGUUUUGAUACCCUCCAUGAAAAUGUGCUAUGUAGGCCUACUGUAAAAAUAGGCACGAAAAUAAAGAGAAUGCAUUACAUCA